AUGGCCACCUUCCCUCAAUCUCUCUCGCUUUCUGCCUCGCACACCUGGGCCGCUGGGGUCGUCAUUGCAGGCCUGGUAACUUGGUAUCUGGCGUCGAACACCAACGAAGCAAAAGCAAGACGAGCUGGUGCUGUCCUCGGUCCUGGACCAAAGCGAGCCCUCUUGGUGGGCAAUCUCUUCAACUUUCCGAAGGGAAGAUGGUAUGAGGCAUUCACCCAAUGGGCACAUGAGUAUGGGGACUUGGUGUACAUUGACGUCGCUGGGCUUCCGAUGGUUAUUUUGAACUCACUCGAGGCAAUCCAUGAAUUGACGGAUAAAAGAAUGAACAUUCACUCGAAUCGACCUAAUCCUACGCUGGUCUGUGACAUUAUGGGAUAUAGCUUCUUUCUGCCAUUCUUGCAGCCCGACAAGGAUUUCACCGAACAAAGACGUCUCUUUCAGAAGGCGAUAGGUCCUCGCGUUGUGCACGAAUACGAUUCGUUUGUGCAACAGGGUUGCUCUGAACUACUGCAACGGCUCGACGGAUUUUCUGGCGAACCGCUUGAAGCGCUAGUCAAGACAGUGGGUGAUGUGCUCACUCGAAUGGCCUAUGGAGAGUAUUUCUUUGUGCAUCAUGGGCAGGAAGCUAUUCAGAAGAACGUCCAGGGACUUGAACUACUCUCGUCGGCAAGCGCCAAGCUUUGGCUUGUCGACGUGAUACCUGCUUUACGCUACAUACCAGCGUGGUUCCCUGGGGCAACGUUCAAACGAGUUGGUAACCAAGGGAGAAUCUACGCAGAUGCUAUCCGGUAUUGGUCCUUCGAUCAAGUCAAAGCUGCUUUGUCUGCAGGAAUCACGGAUGAAUCUAUCACUUCCAAAUACUUGGACGAGGGUGGUAUCUCUGAAAGUACCGUCCGAGAUGCAAUGUCGGCAAUGUAUGGUGCGGGAGUUGAUACGACGACUUCAACACUCGCCCAUUUCUUGUUCUGCAUUACUUUGUACCCAAACUGGCAGAAGCGGAUUCAAGGGGAGAUGGAUCGAGUACUCGGGCGGGGCAACACGCCAACAAUAGACGACAUCCCGAAACUGACGAUGCUUAAUGCUUUUGUCAGAGAGACUCUUCGAUGGCUUCCAGUCGCGCCACUUGGUCUCCCUCAUCCCUCUUUGUUACACACGUACUCACCCAUCCCAGGGUUUGUUCUCAGGGACCCUCGAAUAUGGGGAAAGGAUAGCGAAGACUUCAAUCCUAACCGCUUCCUUCCGGAGCAUAAUCCGUCGGUAGAUGAACUUCCAGAUGUUUGGAGCAUUCCGUUUGGGUUUGGACGACGUAUCUGUCCUGGACGCCACCUUGCGCAGCGUACGCUGCUCUUCUACGCGGCAGCCAUGCUUUCUUCGUACGAGGUACUCCCAUAUGAGGAGGAACAUCUGAUGCCAAAUUGGCCCUUUGAGGAUGCUGUCAUCAGGUCUGUAUCAGUUCGUCUUCAGUCCCUGAGCCUGACCCCCGUCGAGACGUGUAUCUCACUUCCGCUGCACAUUCAAGCCACGUGCAUGAAGUGA